GUCAGAAGACACAAGCCGGUCGGGUCCCUGCCCUGUGCAUGACAUGAUCACUGAGACACGGUCGAGAUUUGGUCACGAAAGAACAUGUGCUGCUGUGGCGGCCAUGAUUAGCGCCGGAGGAGCUGCGUGCCAACUUGACAGCCGGAGCGCAUUAUUCGUCGUUGUCGAUCAUGCUCUUCUUGUACUUGCAGCCCGAUGUCUGCUGUAUGCCGGUGGACGUGCCUUUGGGAAUGGCAGCAAAAAUACAGCACGAGUGAAUGCGGUCCCUGCAUGAGCUCAGAGCCAUCAAGCACUGCAGCCGUCUUUCUGUGCCUUCCAGCCAGGAUUCCAGUCUCAUGGACGAAAGACGUACAUGGCUCCUGCUGGCAGCACCUUCGACAAUCCACAUCAAAUCAUCCGCCGUGGUUGCUGCCUCGAGCAGGCGUGGGCACACGAGGGGAACGGCAGCCAGUCUGUCUGACUCUGGAACCACCACCCUCCCUGUCCGCCCUGUCCUCGCGGCAUCCAACAAGUCCUCAUUACCGUUGCCCAUUUCCGCACCUCCACCACUUCUGCACCCUCAUGGACCUUCGCGUCUGAGAGUGGGUCGAGCUCGUCCCGACACCCGCCUGCCCUCGUUGGACGAACGGCCCUGCCCGCCCUUGGGGGGAGACGUGCAAUUUCAGCGCAAACCGCCCAUUCAUUCCCCACGACACCAGCCGGCCGACGGAAUGCCCCUUUUUCCUCAACAGCCUGCAGGCGGUGGGGGGUCCCUCGCCAAACUCGAGAGCCGCCGAUCGCGAUACCGAGUAUAAAUUACAGAACGAACUAUUCAUCUAGGAAAUGAAGGCUGACCACCAGCCUGGUUUCAUGCAGGCGAGAUGCGACAGGCGGAUGGGAAGGCCUCAGGCCACAACCUGCUUACCCAGAAUGGAAUGGGCAUAUUUCUGUUUCCGAACCUACGGGCUUACGGAAUUGUGCGUGGAGAAGGUGGCAUCGACAUCAUUACUCCCGCGCGGGGCACUCAAGCCGGCACCUUUGACCCCCUCGGUAGCCAACGACAUCAAAGACUCUUGCGCGACG